UUGUCCCAGUGCUGUCGCCGUAUCAUUUCCGCUGCGGAUUUACUUCCGUCGGCAAGUUUGGUUGCCACAAUGGCGACGUACGUGGAAAUACUGAGGAGCGAGUUUCCUGAGAUCGACUCGGAGUUGUUCGACUACAUCACAGGCGUUUUGGACAAUGGCGGGUCUGACUUCGAGGAUGGCGAGGAGGUGUUUGAUGCCAUUGGUGGAGUCCUGCAGGAAGUGUCACCUGACAGUAAAAACGAGGAUGACGUCAGAGACAUCUGUCUACAGAUGUUCAACACACUCCAGCUGAGCCGCUGUCCCGCGGCUCAGCGUCAGGUGUUGCUGGAUGCGCCGGUGCAGCUGUCGCAGAUGUCGACGGACAUGAUGCCGGACGACAAAGACAUGCAGGGAAUCUGGAUGAUGAAACGUCCUCAGAACACGACGGUAGACGCCAAGAAGCUGGAGAAGGCUGAGGCCAAGUUGAAAGCCAAACACGAGAGGCGGAACGAGAAGGACUCUCAGAAGACGUCAAGCCCACUUGUCCUGGAGGAGGCGUCUGCCAGUCAGGCCAGCAGUAAAAAAGAUGGGCGAGUCGACCAGUUGGGGAAGAACCGCAGCUACGACAUCCGCAUCGAGAACUUUGAUGUGUCCUUCGGAGAGAGGUGUCUGCUCCAGGGGGCGGAGCUUUCGCUAGCAUCUGGCCGGCGGUAUGGCCUGAUUGGUCGAAAUGGGCUGGGCAAAACAACGCUGCUGAAGAUGCUGGCCAGUCGCAACCUGCGCGUUCUGCCACACAUCUCCAUCCUCCACGUGGAGCAGGAAGUGGCCGGAGACGAGACGGCGGCGCUGCAGAGCGUCCUGGAGAGCGACACGUUGCGGGAGGAGCUACUGAGCGAGGAGCGGCGCCUUAACGCUCGCAUCGCAAACGGAACAGCUGACGGGAUGGAGAGCAGCCACCUGUCGGAAAUUUAUGUCAAACUGGAGGAGAUCGAAGCUGACAAAGCCCCAGCCCGAGCCUCCAUAAUCUUGGCAGGCCUGGGAUUUUCCCCCAAAAUGCAGCAGCAGCCUACCAAGGAGUUUUCAGGAGGAUGGAGGAUGAGAUUAGCCUUAGCGAGAGCUCUGUUUGCUCGGCCCGACCUGCUGUUGCUAGAUGAGCCGACCAACAUGUUGGAUGUCAGAGCCAUUCUGUGGCUGGAGAACUACUUGCAGACGUGGCAGUCCACCAUCUUGGUCGUUUCCCAUGACCGAAACUUCCUGAACGCCGUGGUGACAGACAUCGUCCAUCUGCACUCCCAGAGGCUGGACUGUUACCGUGGCGACUAUGAGAACUUUGUGAAAACCAAAGAAGACAGACUGAAAAACCAACAGAGAGAGUAUGAGGCCCAACUGCAGUACCGGCAACACAUACAGGUGUUUAUUGACAGGUUUCGCUACAAUGCAAACAGAGCAGCUCAGGUCCAGAGCAAACUGAAACUGCUGGAAAGACUGCCAGAACUGAAACCCAUUGACAAAGAAGCCGAGGUGACUUUGAGGUUUCCAGACAACUUUGAGAAGUUGUCCCCUCCGAUUCUGCAGUUAGACGAAGUGGAGUUCUACUACACUCCAGACCAGCGCCUCUUCUCUGGGCUCAAUCUGUCAGCGGAUCUCGAGUCUCGGAUUUGUAUUGUUGGCCAAAAUGGUGCCGGGAAAAGUACCAUCCUCAAACUGCUGAUGGGCGAGCUGACGCCGGUAAACGGAAUCCGCCAAGCUCACAGGAACCUGAAGAUCGGGUACUUCAGCCAACACCACGUGGACCAGCUGGACUUGAAUGUCUGCUCCGUGGAACUGCUCCUCAACAAGUUCCCUGGUCGGACCGAGGAGGAGUACAGACACCAGCUAGGAGGCUAUGGCAUCACGGGAGAGCUCGCCACCAGGCCCGUCGCCAGUCUGUCGGGAGGACAGAAGAGUCGGGUGGCCUUUGCCCAGAUGACCAUGUCAAGUCCCAACUUCUACAUCCUGGACGAGCCCACUAACCAUCUGGACAUGGAGACUAUCGAGGCUCUGGCCACAGCCCUCAACAAGUUUAGAGGUGGUGUCAUUCUGGUGUCACACGACGAGCGUCUGAUCCGGAUGGUGUGUAAGGAGCUGUGGGUUUGUGAAAGCGGGAAAGUUUGGCGCAUGGACGGCGGCUUUGACGAGUACCGAGACGUCCUGCAGGAGCAGUUCAGGAAGGAAGGCUAUCUGUGAGACCACACCCACUAACAUCCAACCCCACCUUCCGUCUUGUCAACCAAUCGGCUGUCUGAGUGGACUGUGUGGCCUCUAGCGUCAGGUCAUGACCUCUGAGCCGAGUCGGGUUGUGAACUCUGGAGCGGGCAAGAGUUUAUUUAAACCCUUUCAGUUUUAGGUAAAACAAAUAAAGCUGACGUUGUGGAACUCGCACACUUCCUGUUUCCUAUAUGAAGGUCACAGGCUGUGUCGGCACACUUUCAAUAACUAUA